UGGGAGGAGAGAGAGAGAACGUGAGAGGGAGGAAAGCUUAACAGACAAACAAUGAGCGACAGACACCGGGGGAGAAGAGAAGGACAGACAGACAGAGAGAAGAAACGGGUGGACAGUGAGUGAGUUGAGGAUUUUCAGAGCCAGUGAGCUGGAAAAGAGAAGUGGACAACCACUGUGCCCCUGAAAAGAGUGCAUGAAGAAGGUAGGGAGGAGGGCUGUGAAGAAAGAAGGAGAGAGAGAGGUGAGAUGGAGGGUCUGCAAAAGGUUGAGGGACCGAAAUAUCUCAUGGACCGUGGACAGUUCUGUAACUGUUGUGAGAUUUGAGGACACCAUAAAGCAUGUACCUGAGGUACAGAGUAGUGUAUGUUUUGGUUUGACCACAUACAGUUCUAGAAAAUGGAGAUACAAUUCUGUGAAAGAGGUGGAAUAUUUUGAAUUUUGAAGUUUUAGAAGGACGGAAGAAUUGAUGUAUGAGGAGGACGGGAGACGGAGAUUACAAAGCAAAAAGUCACUUGGAGGAAAAAAUUUGAGACAAUAUUUUUUACACAUUAACACAAUCCUCCAUCUACUGUAAUAUUGCAGACACUGCAUUUGGACAGAAGGAGAGAGAGAGAAAGAAGGAGAGGGAGAGAAGGGACGCACCAAAAAAGGGCUGGAGUUAGAGUCGGAGUAACUGCAUGCUUAACAGACACUGUAGAGUCACGGGGAGAGAAGAAUAAGGGGGCGGAGAGACAGACAGACAGACAGACAGACAGACAGACAGACAGACAGACAGACAGACAGACAGACAGACAGACAGUGGAACAUUUCAGCUGGUGUAAGCCCCCAGCAAUCACACACAAGCACACCCCCCCACACACACAAACACAAAUACACACACUGUACAGAGUGAAGGACUGACAGAUGACAGGGGAGUUGCAAGGGGCACAGAGCAAGGAUAGCCGGAUCGAGAGAGAGAGAGGGAGGGAGAAAGCGAGAGUGACAGAGACAGGGAGGAAGAGAGAGAGCGGGGAGGCACUGUAAACUACAGGAAGCCCCGGUGUGAAACAAACAGGGGACAGUGGCUAGAAGAGCUCCACUCCAGAACCAGCCACCAGUCUCCAUGGAUUCCAGGGAGUCGCAGCACCGCUGAACCCAGGCCCUCCUCUGCUGAACAGCAUGUCGGCGGGCCCGGGACCUCGUGACUCAGACCUACUGCUGUUGGAACUCCAGGCCCCAGGGCCGGUUGGACUGCAGACACUGUUGGACCUGCUAGUGGGGGUGUACCAAGAGUUCCACUCGUUACCCCUUGCCAGGGAGAAGUACGUCUCGAGCUUCCUACAAUGGGCGGAGCCCCUGGUGAGGCAGGUGAAGAAGACACGCAUCAAGAGGGAUGACUUCCACAUCUUGAAGGUGAUUGGUCGAGGGACCUUCAGUGAGGUGGCUGUGGCGAGGAUGCGAAGCACACAGCAAGUGUACGCGCUGAAGAUUAUGAAUAAGUGGGACAUGCUGAAGCGAGGAGAGACAGCUUGUUACCAGGAGGAGAGAGAGGUUCUGCUGAAGGGUGAUCGAAGGUGGAUCACAGAGCUGCACUAUGCCUUCCAGGACGACAAUUACCUGUACCUGGUGAUGGACUACUACGUGGGUGGUGACCUGUUGACCCUGCUCAGUAAGUUUGGCGACCGUAUCCCUGAGGACAUGGCCCAGUUCUACUUGGCUGAGAUGGUCAUGGCGAUCGACUCCAUCCACAGGAUGGGCUAUGUGCACAGGGACAUCAAACCUGACAACAUCAUGCUGACGGCGGAAGGCCAUGUCAGGCUGGGGGACUUUGGUUCCUGUCUGAGGGUCCAGGAAGAUGGCAUGGUGUACUCUUCCCUGGCGGUGGGCACACCCGACUACCUGUCCCCAGAGAUCCUGCGUGCGGUGGAGGGAGGGGGAGGCUAUGGCCCUGAGUGUGACUGGUGGGCCCUGGGGGUCUGUGCCUACGAGAUGCUGCAGGGGACCACACCCUUCUACGCAGACUCCAUCUCGGAGACCUACGCCAGGAUCAUGAGCUUCCAGGAGCACUUUGAGUUCCCCCCGUCUGGCCCCGAGGUUUCAGAUGAGGCCCGUUCCCUCAUCAUGGGGCUAAUCUGUGAGAGGGAGGACCGUAUGGGGGCCAGGGGUUCUGGGGACUUCAGGGCCCACCCCUUCUUCUGUGGACUAGACUGGGGCUCCCUGCAUGAACUUCCAGCACCCUUCCAACCUGAAGUCUCCAACGCCACUGACACCUCCAACUUUGAUGUGUUGGAUGACUGCCUCAGUGAAAUGGAAACACUGAGUGAUGUUAUGGACAAGGCCCCUAUCGGAGUUCACCUGGCUUUCGUUGGCUACUCCUACACAGCUACAAGACAGACAGGUGCCUUGGAUCGCAGUCGUGACAUCAUGAUGGAGAUUGACCACCAGCGACACCUUGGGUUGCCAAGCUUCAAUUUCCAGGAUAAGCUUAGUCAGAUGUGGCAGCUCAGAGAUGUCCUGACCACGCCUGACAACCUGCCUGCCCUGCUUGAGCUCCCCCUAGCCUUGGAGCAGGGUACUGCAGAGUCGACUCACACCACAACAGAGGAGGAAGAGGAGGAGAACGACCAGAAUUCAGUACUUGAUGAGGAUCUGCAUAGGCGGCUGCAAGAGGCAGAGAAGAGGAAUGGAGAGCUGGAGAAAGAGAUGGAGAGACUGAGAGGGGAGAUCCAGGGCCUGAAGUCCCCCAAGGAGACAGAACUGCGUGUCUGCCCGUCGUCUCUUUCUCUGCCUGCACACUGUCUGGACGAUGAGAAGAAAUCGCCCCCUGCCUGUCACUACCCGCUGGUGAUCCCUCUCCACCGCCACCUGCUGCUGUUUCACAGGAUGCGCUGGCCACAGGAGAGAAGUGAGUCCUACUUGUUGGUGUGUGGAGGGGGAGAUCUCCAAGCCUGGGACAGACACUGCUGUACUGAGAUCUCCUGAACCCCCCCACCCCACCCCCUCUUGGUUUAGCUACCUCCCCCUCUUGGGAUCGAGGGGCAACCCAGAUGUCACC